ACAUAAGACGAAUGAGGUUACAUAAUGAGGGUACAUUAUGAACUGAAGUGUUUACCAAAUAAAACAUGCACUUAUGCGAUGGGCAUUCAGUUCGAUAGAGCUUUCUUUUGGAAUUGGAAUAUAAAACAAUGAGCUAAAAGAGACCAAAGAUCCACAGAACUGAGGUGAACUGCAGAAUUGGUGAUAGCUCUCUCUGAACAGGGUCUUCAUCUCACCGUUGUACCCAGAAAACAUGACCAUGGGUUAAUUUGCCAGGGAUUAACUAAAGACAUUUUUGAUCUCCUACCUGAGCAGCCCAACUUCACCAAAGGAUGACGGUCAGUGUUUCAUCCUUGGAAAAAUACAGCGUAUCAAUGAGGGUGAUAGAAACAUCAUGUGCUCAGACUGUUUGAGAUGUGUGUCCUGCAGUAGAGCAGCGAGUAAUACUAACAACAAAGCUGACUGCAAAGUACGUGACUGACAGCCUGUUUACAUGCACAUUCUCCUUAUAAGGCAGAUGCAAUCUUUCUAGGCCAUGGCAAGGGGGUUAUUUAUACUUUUUUUCCAGAGUUUUUUUUUUUUUUUUUGAACAUCUUGUCGCAUUUGAUUUCUCCCAAGUGGAAGACGCUGUCCAGGACUUCACACACACAUCCAAACACACACAUACUUUUCCAGAGACCCUGUAUUAAAGUUUUAACUGUUUAUGACUGAUAAUGAUAUGCGUUGUUAUGCAGCUCUGAAGCGUAUCGCAAAUCAUCUUUCAGCUAUUACUGCUGCUUUCCAACAGUCGGGAAGACAAAGUGGUUGUGUUUUAUAUUACAAUAUCCAUUUACAUCUCAGUUUGAAAGGUGGGUAGACACAGCAGGCGGUAAAUGUUGUUACGUGGAUGAAAUCAGACCAGUUCAAAUAUUUGGGAAAAGUCUUUUGCCAUUGCUGCUUCAACAAUUCAAUUCAAUUCAGUUUAUUUAUAUAGCGCCAAUUCACAACAAAAGUUAUCUCAUGACACUUUCCAAUUAGAGCAGGUCUAGACCAAACUCUUUAAUUAAAUUGUAAUACAGAGAACCCAACAUUCCCCCUUGAGCAAGCACUUGGCGACAGUGGCGAGGAAAAACUGCCUUUGAGAGGGCAGAAACCUCGGAGCAGACCCCGGCUCUAGAUGUGCGGCCAUUUGCCUUGACCGGCAGAGACAAUACCAGGAUCCCAAAGGAUCAAUCCCCAGGAUAUUCACUGGCAUGCUCAUGGCCAAACUGUAUAUUUAGAGGCGCUAUCAGCUGUUCGUGGGCAGCACGCUUGUGCCAAGUGUUCAUCAGGCUGCCAGGAUAAUGAAGACAAUAGAGUAACCAUCCAUGUUUGACUGCAGGCCAACCUUCAAGGCGGCUCUGCCAUGAUGUGUUCGGUGUGUUCCCAGCAAACACCUCAUGGAUGCGUUUGACAAGGGACGAGGAAUCCCAGACAUGGCGUCCCCUAUCCAGGACACUAAGGAUGCUCACCAACAGCACCAAUGGAAGUGCAAAGAAGUGCGUGUGUAUGUGUGUGGUUAGUCAUGAUGUGUGAGCUUUAAUGUCUUUCUCUCACCACUUAAAAAUAUUCAACUACACAUUUUCCUCAUUAAUUUGAAGCCUUUUUUUUUUUUUUGAAAAUAAAGAGACAAAAUUUCUGACGUCAUCCCCUUGGGGCUUGUUGUGAGAGGCGGUGUUUGUUAGAGGCUGCUAAAAAUGGAAAGUUUAUACAAACAACAAUAUCACUUUAAAAAAAAAAAACAAAAAUCAGACAUAUGGAACAGAAUAUGUACUUGCGUUAUGAGGUUUCUGGGUCACGCAAACGGCUGAGAAGCACAGCUCGAAUUAUGAUUGAUGCCUAAUCUCUUAAAUAUCAAUACAGACCACAUUCAAAUACUGAAUCAGCUUUAACUUGCCAACACGUGACCCAUAAACAUACAAAAAGAGCUUGUAUGGUGAGCCAAAAAGUUGGACCAAAAGUGAGCAGAUGAGCUAGCAGAUACUGAAUGUAUAAUUCAUCAGACCAGUACGACCUCAGUAUCCCACUCCUAAAAAUCUUUUCUGGGAUGUCCUGCCUCUCUCUCUCUCUCUCUCUCUCUCACACACACACACACACACACACACACACGUUGUGUUUACAGCCUUGCAGAGAGCUGCAUAUCUGACAUUUCUCUCUCAAACUCCAACCAGCUCUGUUCUCAUCUGAAAGAGAAGAGAAGAGAAGAGAAGAGAAAGAGAACUCUGUCGUAUUGUAGAGCCACAUCAGGCCAGGCUGUCUAAAACACCUGACCUGAGCUCGUCUCCAGACAACCAGCAGCAGUUUGAUUUCGCCUUCAGCCCGACCAGCUCUGUCCAGUUCCACUCAGUCCAAACAGGCCCGGCAGCCUGACCGAACUCCCUCCUCUCAUCGCACCAGCCGACCAAAAUCUAACCAAGUCAGCUGUCUCCAUGGAGCGCGUUCAGCACAUGACCAAGUCGGCCAUCCGCCGAGCGUCUCAGAUCGAGGUGAACCCGCAGGCCAAGAGGAACCUGCAGGAGCUUUUCGUCAACUUCACCCUCAUCCUCAUAUGCCUGCUUCUCAUUUACAUCAUCGUCCUGCUGAGCAGCUGAGAACAGCAGAGCCAGAGAGAGCUUGGCAAAUGCUGCGGACGAGGGUUUGGCUGAGAUUUGGGCUUUACUGAUAGGUGCAGGUCAGAUCUCUAACAAAGCAAUAAUAUCCUGCCCAUAUGUCAGCCUAACCCUGUUUGCCAACAGCUGUGAGGAAGGAUCAUGGAUGUCAGAUGUGAAAACGAUGAAGUCCAAACUCUCUCAAAUUGUUUCUGGCAGAGCUGAUCAGGGAUCAGCUCCCCUGCUUCUUUAUCUCAAGGGAAUAUUUAAAAGUGAUGCAACUUUAGCAGUUUAAACUUCACUGAUACACUGUAUGUAUUUAUAUCUGCCUGCUGUUCAUGCUAAUACCCUACUUACAUUACAAUGUGUUGUUUGAAGGUGACUGACUUCCUCCAAGUCUCCUGAUAUGAAAUUAAGCAACCAGACACCGAAAUGAACCUUUUCCACCUUUUUUGGGAAGCGGAAAGUGCCUUUCAUCAGUAUGAUAAAUGAUCAACUCUCUCUUUAAUAAGAAGGAACAAGACUGUGCGAACCAUAAGGUGAUGAGUUAACUGUGACUCCCAAGGAUAAUUCUCAUAAGAAACUUCCAAUCACUUAAAGACUAAAAUGUUGAAACUACAAUCAGCGGCUUAAAUGAAGUCACUCCAAAUUCUGGGUUAGGUUUGGAUGAAUUUUUCCUCAACUACAACAACGAAAAGUUUUGAAUUUGUCAUGUUUCUGAUUUGUGCCUCUAACCUGGCAAUAGGCCAAGGCUCAUGGGUUUGAUAGUUUUUACAAGCCAUUUGCUCUGCCAAACUCACAAAUAAAAUUAAAAGCGAUGGCCAGAACAUAAAAUUAGAGGACUGGAGGUUAUCUGGUACAGUCAUGUGUUUCUGUGUCAAGAGAAAUUGAGGAUAUCAUUUUUAUUUUUCAUAAUUUUUGAGUUGGGAUAACAUGCAGCCCUCUUGAAACAUUAAGGUAUUCGAACACCCUAGUGGUUAUUUAACAAAAUUCAGGCUUCUCUGUUAUACAAAACGAUGAAUCGAGGCCCACAUCGAAAGAACUGAAAUUAAGAAUAGAUAAAAUAAAUAAAAAAAAAAAAAAUCACUUUGUUUUUGGACAUAAUUUGUAACUUUCGUUGUUGUAGACUGACAUCUAGUGGCCGUUAGAGGAAUAGUUUAUGGUAUUGUCAUCUCUCAGCUUUGUUGAAAUGCUCAUUUUAACACACUCUCAGUGGUGAAAAUUAUUUAUCAGUUCAGAAAUAUAAACCUUUUAUAGCUACUUUACGGCUAAGGGAAUUUGAAAAGUCUACUCAAAUCUGUUGAACCUACAUAGGAUAAUUUAUGAAAAGAUGACUUUUGUCUUUUUUUUCACAUUUUUGGAACACCCUAACCUGUUUUGCUGGUUAGCUUACUGACUAUUGUGUAGCAGGUCUGACAUUACACUCCAACAGUUUGAUUUAUUCCUGCUCAUUAUGUAUAAAUAUAACACUUAUACCACAUUUUAUGUACUGCAGGCCUAUAAAGUUUGUAAAGUUUAGACAGUGCAGCUUACUUGCAGGUGUUUGUGAUGGGCUACAUGAACAUGUCAGCUAUGUUUGGAAAUGCUGUGCAAAGAGAGGACUUUCAACACACACACACACACACACAAUACACACCUUUCGAUGGCGGCCUGACAUACAGUACAUGCAGUUUAUCAGUAGUGAAGAAAACCUCACUUUGCAUGGUGUGAUUUCACUUAAGGUUUUCUGUUUAUGACAGUUACGUUUCUGUUUAGUUAUUAAAAGUGAUGCCGACAUUGUUGGUUAGUGCACAAAAUGAGCUAUAAAGUCAGAUUCAUAAAAUCAGCAUUAUAUAUAUAUAUAUAUAUAUAUAUAUAUAUAAUCUAACAUAUAAUUACAAUUAUUGCAUUAUUGUUUUUGAGGACAGUUUUAACAAAUUACCAGCCACAUUUCCAUAUAAAGUGUCUUCACUAUAUUUACAGUGAAUGAAAAUGUACAAAUACAAAUUCCAUGUGGAAUUAGAAACUAUUGAGGAAAAAAAACCUGCCAUUUUGUUCUUGUAUGUACGUUUGGAAGAUUGUACCACCUGACUUUUAAACUAUGGAACACCAAAGAAGAAGUUGCAUGUUAAUAAGAUUAAAGUGGUUUCUCCUGAA